AAAAAAAAAAAAGUAUCGAUACAGCAUGGAUACAACGUACAUGCCCAGUCCAAGCAUUUCGCCUACACCUACCAAAGUCGAUAAAGUUGAUGGAUUGGAAGCAUCGCAUGUACCACCACCAGCAUUCUCUCUUGGUGAAGGAUUCGAUUUUAAGGUGAACAAACCACCAACAGGUAGACCUAUUCGUAUAUAUGCAGAUGGGAUUUAUGAUCUUUGCCAUUUUGGUCAUGCCAAAGCACUGGAACAAGCCAAGAAAGCAUUUGAUAAUGUAUACCUACUUGUUGGAGUAUGCGGCGAUAUCGAAACACACAAACGUAAAGGCAAGACAGUGAUGAAAGAUGUGGAACGAUAUGAAGCUUUACGACAUAUCAAGUGGGUGGAUGAAGUGAUUGAAGAUGCACCAUGGGUGGUCACUCAAGAAUUCAUCGACAGACAUCAAAUUGACUAUGUUGCACAUGAUGCCGAACCUUAUGGAUCCUCUGAAUCUGGUGAUGUAUACUCUUUUGUCAAGGCUCAAGGCAAGUUUUUACCAACUCAAAGGACAGAUGGUAUCUCCACUUCUGAUUUAAUCACAAGGAUUGUUCGUGAUUAUGACUCUUAUCUACGUCGAAAUUUGGAACGAGGAGUCAGUGCAAAAGAACUCAAUAUAUCUUUCUUCAAGGAAAAGGAAAUCAAAACAAAGAAAUCCAUUGAUGAUCUUCGAAAACAAAUCACUAAUAUGAUUUUGGAUCAUCUUGAUAGUUGGGAAAAUCAAAAUCAUCACCUUAUCAUGGGAUUUGCUGGAAGAUUUGGUGCUGAAACUAUGGUGGAAAAACUUUUAUACAAAGGUCGGCUCUUAUCAGGCAAAAAUACCCCUACUCAUAGUAGUAACAAUAGUGUGAAAGGUGAUUCCGAUGUAGAAUAGACUCUUCUCCUCCUUUAUAUACAGUAUAUUAGUUAGAUAUCCCUCCCAUUUUUAGUGUAUUCUUAUCAUGGAUUCAUUUUUAUUAUCAUCAUCCCAUUAUAUCAAAAAGGAAAAAAAAAUACACGCAUGUUUAUGUAUAGUUAUCCCGUUUUAUUAAAUAAAAGACAUUUUUAACAUUA